AUACCGGGGAUACCGGGGAUACCGGGGAUACCGGGGAUACCGGGGAUACCGGGGAUACCGGGGAUACCGGGGAUACCGGGGAUACCGGGGAUACCGGGGAUAAUACCGGGGAUACCGGGGAUACCGGGGAUACCGGGGAUACCGGGGAUACCCCGGCUCCAGGCUCUCCUGAAACCCGAGCUGCUUCGCUGCGAGCUGCACCGUGGCCUCUGCGUGCACCUUCCCCCCUGA